AAAAUUCUAGUCACCCGACGCUAUACCCACAGAUGAGAUUUGGAUCACAAACUGCAAGCACCUCGGUCAAGCUGUUCGUAAAUUCAUUCGCCUCCUGAUUCCCGAACUCCAUAGUCAUGGGGAUCAAUCAAUUGCUCCGAUUCGCUUUCGUGGUAGUUAUCACGUGCCAAUUUGGCACCCACGGCAAGGUUCGAUACGAUGGCUACAAGGUAUUUCGGAUCACUCCUAGGACCCAAGAUGAGUUAAAAUGGAUACAAGGUGUGGCCGACAGAUGGGAAACGCUUGAUUUCUGGAGGCACCCAACGAAAGUUGGACGACCUGUUGAUGUCAUGGUUUCCCCCGCACAACAACUGGACUUCGUUAGAUCAGCCAGCCGUCCUGGACUGGAGAUCACAACAUGGAUCUCUAAUGUCCAAGAUAUGAUUGACCGAGAGGCCGCUGAGAUGAUCAAUUCUAAGAACGACGUUAAUGCUGUCAACUUCGAUUACAACCAAUACCACACUUAUGAAGAGAUCUUUGCCUGGAUGAAUGAAUUCUCUUCCUCUAAUUCUGGUGUCAGUAUGGUUAAGGUCACAACCACGUACGAAGGGGAAACAGUCUACGGAAUCAGGAUCGCCAAGUCACCGUUUGCCAAGAACGUAGCCUACAUCCAGGGAGGUAUCCAUGCCCGAGAAUGGAUUAGCCCAGCUACAGUCAUUAAUCUCAUCGAUAGGUUCGUAUCAAAAUACGGCAGUGAUGCUACUGUUACCAGCAUGCUAGAUAACUUCGUUUGGAUCAUGGUACCAGUAUAUAACAUCGAUGGAUAUAAGUUCAGCCACACUGAUGAUCGUAUGUGGCGCAAGAAUCGCAACCCUAACACAGGAGGCUGCGUUGGAGUCGAUCUCAACCGUAAUUAUGACUACAAAUGGGAAGGUGAUGGUUCCAAGUGUGCCCAGACCUACCCAGGGACAGAAAAGCUGAGUGAACCUGAAAACAGUGGCUCUAAGGAUUUCCUUCAGAGCUUUGGCACAGACCUCAAGCUUUUCAUUGAUUUCCAUUCCUACGGUCAGUACUGGCUCUACCCUUGGGGCUACACUGAAAAAGUCAUCGCUGUACAUCCACACAGAGACGACCAGAAAGCACUCGCCACCAAAGUAGAGAAUUCAAUUAGCUCAGUUCAUGGCAAAGAUUAUUUAGUUGGAGAAUCAGGACCUGAUAUGUACCCCGCAUCCGGUGCAAGCGAGGACUUUGGCUACGGAUCCCUAGGCGUGAAGUAUUCCUAUGUGGUGGAGCUUCGUGAUGAGGGUACGUUCGGAUUCGAGCUUCCAGCUAGGCAGAUCCAGCCGACCGCUGAGGAGAUCUACGCUGGUAUGAAGACACUCGGCGAACAGCUCGUCGCCGAGUACGCAUAGAGACGACAAAGAAUUGGGAGAAAAAGUUCAUUGUUUUGUGUUUCUCGUUUAAAUGGGAUGUUCCAAAAUAAGUAAAAAUACUUAAAGUAUUGGAUGAAUUGGAUGUAUAAAUAAGCAACAGUGCGACGCUCAAUCCAGAAAUAAAGUGGUUUAUUAAGAAAAUUUUAAAGACAGCCAAAGGCGGGGCCAAAUGCUGAAUUGUGGAAAU